CUAUCUAAUUAUUUUCACAUCCUAUUUGGCUAUGGCAAGUAGUAUUGGAGGGACAGGGUCACCAUGUGGUGCAUGCAAAUUUCUAAGGAGAAAAUGUGCUGUUGAUUGUAUAUUUGCACCUUAUUUUAGCUCAGAAGAAGGCCCUUCAAAAUUUGCUGCAAUUCAUAAAGUGUUUGGAGCAAGUAAUGUGUCUAAAUUGUUGCAUAAUGUACCUAUACAUGAUCGUUGUGAUGCUGUUGUUACAAUUUCUUAUGAAGCACAAGCUAGGAUUAAAGAUCCUGUCUAUGGUUGUGUUGCCAACAUCUUUGCUUUACAACAACAGGUAGCAUAUUUAGAGUCUGAACUGAUGCAAGUGAAAGGGAAGCUAGCUCAAAGCUUAAUGAAUUCAAACAAUAUUUGUUAUAAUCCUCAAUGGAUGUUGAACAAUAAUAUGGCAUCAUCAAGUGGAGAAAUGACAAGUUCAUCCUUUCCAGCUAAUUAUCCAAAUUAUAUUAAUGUGAAAUCCAACUCAUCACCACAAAGUAGCUCAUUGGAAUCUGCUGAUCAUUAUAGUGAUGGGCAUGUCAUAAUGAAUAUCCAAGACAUACAAAGCCUAGACCAUUUUUUGUAUCAACCUUAUAGUAGUACCUAGGAAUCUAAUUUGAGUGA